ACUCGUCACUCCAACAAAAAUUCCAAAUCCAAAAUUUGGGUUUUUUCUCUUUUUCCCUUAAGUGAAUUGGUUUUUUUUUUUUUUUUUUCAAAAAACAAUGAAAGCUUCAAUCAAAUUUCGCGAGGAACAAAAACCAUUAAUCAGAGCUAAAGUUCCUCUAAGCAUAUUAAACUUUCCUUUCCAAUCAGGUAUCGUUGCUGGUGAAUCAAAAGAGUUAUCUCUAAGUAUCGGCACUUUAUUCGAUUCUGGUCCUUCUUUAAAAUUCGCUUAUCGUCCAAAUGAUUCGGGUAACCCGUUUAGUUUUGUUUUCAAAACGGGUAUUGGACAUUUCGGGUCACCCGUAUCCAGCCCAUUUACUAUGAGUGCUGAAUUCAAUCUAAUUGGGAAUAAUCAAAACCCUAGUUUUUUCAUUCACUUCAAACCCAAUUUCGGUGACUUUUGCUUCAAGAAAUCUCACUCAUCUUCGACUUUAACAAAGAGUUUGGGCACGAAUUUCGAGACGCCGGUUUUGAAAACGGAAUUUGGUGGUUUUCCGGUGAAAUCUGAGGUCGCCGGAGCUGUAGAAAACUUGUUUUCCGGCACGGCGGUGAGUGCCCGGACUUGUUUUCCGGUGAGAAACCGUGCGGUGGUGAGUUUCCGGUGGGGUCUUAGGUUUCCGGCGGGUCAUCCGGCGGAUGAAUCGGAUACUGUUAUAGUGGGGCCCACCGGAUUCGGGUCGCCGAAGGGUAUUUCGUUUAGACGGUGUCCGUUGUUGGUGAUGAAUAAGAUCGGUAUCGCACACGUGUCGAAAGAUGAUUCGAAGAAAGGGAAGACCGAAAAUGCUGAUGUGGCAAAAGCUUGUUUGGAUGUGAAGCAGCAGUUGGAGACAAUACAAGCUGAAAAUGGGUUGUUAAGAAAUGCUCUGAAUGAUUUAAGAUCUGAAAUAGCUUCAAGACCGUUUAAUUUUCCGACAAGUGGAGCAGAGAACGGUAAGGCUAAAUAUUCCGGUGAUCGGAGGAUCAAUUCCGAUAAGAAAUCGUCGAAUGGGAAAGGGAUUGAAGGGGAUGUCAAUGAGGACUUGAAGAAGGCUUAAAUUAGGUUCCUGUUUAUUUCAGAAUUGUUCUUAUUUUGAUCCUAUGAGGUUCCUGUUUAGAUUUGUUUUGUUGUUUAUGGGGGAUAGAGUAAUAUUGGAUCUUGUUAAAAAGAGUUUUUUGAGGAUUUAAGGUGAAGUAAUAAUAGAAAACAACUUGUUUUGAUGA